CAGUUUUCCCUGGCUGGCAUGAAUCCACGUGGCCUAUAUAUUUGAGAGGCAGAGUCAGAGAGAGCAAGAGAGUCCACAAAAGCAAGAACUGGUGGUCCCACUCGGAAUCCUGUAAUGGAUCCUGCAUCUGACAUCACCAGCACCAGCAAGAAGGCUAUGUUAUGUAGCGUAUAAGCUUGCUUAUCUUGUUUUCUUUCUUUGUUUGGUUGCAUUUAUGUAUGGCUUAUUUACUGGCAUGCAACCCCACCACUUCACACAAGCUUUUCUGCUCAGAAAUCUUUCUUGAUUCUAGAGCAGUUUCCAGAAAUGCAUGUUGCAGUAGUGUGAGAAGGAGUAGCGGCGGCUUUGUGUUGCAAUGCACCACCACAAGUAGUACUUCUCAGUUAUCUCGUGCAGAUCAGAAUUUGAGUCUGCAGCAGCAGAUUGAGAACGCUGGUGAGAAGCUUAAGCAGCAACUCGAGUAUUUGGUAUGUGAAUAUGGAUGGAAGGUAAGGAGGCUUGUUGAGAAUAAAGAUGAGACAAAGAAAGCCGCUCUAAUUCAGGCAGAAGCGUUCCAUGAGCCUGUGGCUCUUUUUAAUGACUUGUUCUUUCAAUUCUUUAAGGCGGAAGUGCUUUCUGGGCUCAUGUACAAGCUUAAUAACUCACCUCCCAAUAGGAGGAGGAAAAUAGCUACUGCAUUGUUGGAAGCGUGUGACAAGCUUUCCAUUCUGUGGGGUCAUGAGUUUCUUGCACUUCGGGCUUAUGAAGAAGAUCUUGGUGCACGCAAAUUGUACACAAAUGCAGGAUACCAUGUUGUGUCUAGAGAUCCACCAUGGACAAGUAAUUGGAUUGGACGAAAAUGUCGUGUUCUUAUGAUUAAAAGAACUAGCUAGCUUAAUGUAUAAGUUUUGAGACAUCUUACAUCCAAACGAAACCUCAACAUGAGUAAAGUGUAUCAUAAGUACAUAGUUUGUGAUAGUAUAACUAUUUUGUAAUUCUCAUGCUGUCAAAAUAUGCUUUUCAAGUGAGAAGCCUCAAACUUUUAGCAAACCCUUUUACUAAAAUUCGUAUGCAAUAAACUAAACAGCGGAAAGUGCUUAACAGCAGAGAUAAACUGUUUUUACAUACUAACACAAGCACCCCAAAAAUGAAAAUAAAAUAAAUAAAAUAAAACAAAUAAAAUCCAGGUAAAAGACUUGAGUGAUUUCCCUAAUAAAGCAUCUUAUAUCACACACCC